UUCUUCACAAUACCCGAGUCUCGGAACACUUAAAGGUUAGCACACAUUUCUGUUUAUUGUAUCGGUAUGUUCGGUUCCGCUUACAGUUAGCGACAGGUUGAGUGGAAGUACGCGAGGUAAACACACGGUGAGGUUUCAAGGUGUCUUGUCGAAUGGACACCGAAACCCAACCAGACAUUCGUUAAUCCUGUCCCAGUAGAAAGGCAGCUUGUUGGAUCUCCUGUGAAAUCCUGUUUGUUUACAGUAUAUGAGAAGAUUGGAAUGGAUAAGGCAGAAGCAUGUGAAAGACAUGUUGAGGUGAUUGAAAUGGAUGCAGAGAUGAUGUAAGUUAUGAUGGGAAGGAAAUUUCUUGGGGGGAUAAACUGGGAGGUAAAGUGAAAUACAGACACCAGAGUUUGACUGAGACAAAUGCUAAAAAAGGAAAGGAAAUGGAGUAUGGAGAAAUUUCCAUGAGCGGUAUGGGAGACCUGGAGCUGGACCCAGACAUUGUAAGCGAAGAGGCUGGAAAAUUGUACUCUGAACUUCAGUCAGUUGUGGAGACUCAUGGAGCAGACGUGGUUGAAUCGCUGCUGCCCAUCCUGGUGUGGGUUCUUGAAGGGCUCGCCAGCUGUCGGUCUCACCUGAGAGAGAGCGAGGAGGAGGUGGAAAAGGUGAAAGGAGAGAGGGAAGAGCUGCUCGAGAGAUAUGAGAGAGAGAGAACACUCCGUAGGGAGAGCCAGGAGCGCUAUUUGGAGUUAGAUGAUCAGUUUGAACAGGAGAGGAGGGCAAUUCGUGGAAGGGACAAAGAGCGAGAGAAGAGAGAAAGAGAUCUGGAGAAGAAAGCCAGAGAGCAAGCUGACCAGAUGGUGGCUUUGGAGGAACAGAGAGCAAGUCUGACCAGGGAGUUAAGCGCAUUGAAACACACACAUGGCAAGUUAGUCCUAGCAUAUCGAGAUGUGGUGGAAAAGAAAAAGGAGUUGGAGAGGGAAGGGUCCCCUCUAAGAAAUCAUAUUCGCUCCAAAAGUUCAGAGCCACCUGAAGAAAAUGACAGCGUCCAGCAUGAGGAAACAACUGAAGUUGCCUCCAACCCCAGAAUAUCAGACACUUCAGCUUCCACAGACACUAAAGUGAUCAAAACUGAAACUAUUAAUGAUUCAUUCUUUAUCAACAACAUCAUAAGCUCUACUCCGGAGCUGGCUCAGCUUCAGGGCCUUGUUGAAGCGAGCACCCCCCUUCGAGCAGAAAGUGAAGAACCAAACUGCAGCCUAGAGGAUGCAAUCAUACCGAUUAAGGAGGAGAUGGGUGAGGAGGAAAAGCGAAGCAAUCAGGAUGAUAAAAAAGCAGAAAAAGAAAAGGACUUGGACAGUUUGGAGUGGGAGAUAAGAAACACAGAUUCUGUAUUUUCGGAACUCUCAGAACUCAGUCAGGAAUACGUGGAGAGUGUCGAUCAUGGAGUCAGUGUGAGAGACAGCACAGUCCAGUUUGAGGAGAUUCUUCUGCAGUAUGAGGAACUGAAACACACCCAUGAGGCGGUAGAUGCUGCUCGUAAGGCUCUUAUUUCUCGUGUAGAGGAACUGACAAACGAGAGGUCUGCUCUGAACCUGGAGCUGACUUCCUCUCAGGAAACCAUUAACCGACUGGAGGGCAAAACCAAGGAGAUGGAAGAGGAGACCAAAAGGCUUCGCAAAGAACUGGAAACAUUACAGACUGAGGAAUCUGACGCUACUUUGUCUACCUCAAACCGCCGGUUCUCUCGUUCAGAAAUGGCUCGUGUGGUCAUGGAGAAGAACCAGUACAAGGAGCGGUUGAUUGAACUACAGGAUGCUCUGCGUCGGGCUCAGGCUCUUGGAGUUGCAAAGAAUGAAAAGAUCCCAGAAGACAAGAAGAGCAGUGUUUGGAAGAGGUUUAACCGUUUUCUUGGUUUGACAAAGGACCAGCUUGCUCCAGCUGCUUUGGCUCCAGCUGCUUUGGCCCUUACUGUCCCCCCAAGGCCCUCUUCCCUUUCCUCACCAGUGGGUUCACCUCAUAAGCUGUCUGUUCCUGUCACCCAGACUGGGGAAUCUUUGUCUCCCAGGCUUAGGAGGAAAGAACUGUACCGGGAGAUCCGCUCUCAUGUGUGGGGAAAUCUGGGAAAAAGACAGGUUAACGGCUGGAGCAUGCCCCUUUAUCACAUGGACACACAGAACACUGAGCAACUUCUGGAGCCUAAAGACGUUCCUGUCCUCACACAGUUGCGGUUGCUUGACCAAAGAGAUGCUUCUGCUAAGCUGACCUGUGCAGUAGCAGUCCCACCAGAGGUGUCGGGAGAGCAGACGUGUUCUGUCUGGGUGAUCACUGGACCCGCCUCCAGUAGUGAUGUCACAGUGAUUGAUCCAGCACGCUCCAAUACCAUCCUGGAUCAGUUCAGUCUUCCGCCCACCUCUCCAGCUCUGUCCAUUUGUGCUGUGCCUCCCACUGGAGAAACAUCUGGGACUGUGUGGAUUGGCACCCAGGAUGGAGGCGUGCUUGUUCAUUCAGCCUCUGGCUCCAGGAGGCGCUGUUUGCAGUCAGUCAGUCUCUCAGAGGGAGUGCAUUCUCUCACAUUCUCACUGGGACAGGUGAUUGCUGGAUUAAGCAAUGGAAUGCUAGCAUUUUUCAGCUAUGGUUCUGGUGGAUGGAAUCUUCACUCCCAUGAAGUACUUUCACUGGGCAUAACUCCACUGCAACCCAUUCGCUGUUGCCUAUCGAAAAACGGCUGUCUCUGGGUGGGAUACUGGAACAAAGUAUUGAUGAUUGAUGUAAAAAAUAGAAAUGUGGAGAAAUCAUUUACAGUGUCACAACGAAGUGAACAGCAGGUUCGCUUCCUGUGUGCAGCAGGAAGUGGAGUUUGGAUUUCCUGCCGGCUAGAUCCCACUCUCAGGCUCUUUGACUGGGCAACUGGACGGCCACUGCAGGAGAUUGAUGCGUCACCUAUGAUAACCAAAGCUUUAGGCAAUGCAUUCCUGUCCCUUUCACCUCUUCAGAUUUCUGCCAUGUCUGUGGUCAGUGGACGCCUGUGGGUGGGCACAGGAAGCGGUGCUGUUUUCUCCAUCCCUCUGUCACUCAGUUCUGAGUCCUCCAUCCCAUAUUGCAGUUUGGCUUCAGCUCAGCUGUGUUUUCAUGGCCACCGCCAAGCUGUCAAAUUCAUCAUCUCUGCUCCAGGUUGCCGUGGUUCUUCUGUUACUGCAGAUGGUGUUGCCUCUACCUCUCAUCUCAUUCUCAGUGGUGGAGAGGGUUACAUCAAUUUUCGUAUUGGUGAUGAAGUUAGUGAUGGAGUUGGUGAGAUUGUCCCACAGAGAUCAGAACGAAGUCAUGUGAUCAUCUGGCAAAGCCCCCCUCAGUCAGUUCCUAGCUCCUCCCUUUGAUAGGAAUUUUGUCUGCAUGCUUGUAUUUAUUUUUCAUUUAGUGUUUAUUUAUUCAGAAGCACAAGUUACAUGUUUGCCUUCCUGUGCACUUACAUGUCCACACCUUCUCUGAGAUAUUGCCUUUAAAAGAGCAAGGAAUGGUAUUAAGUUGUGUGACUGAUUGCAAAAUUGUAUUACUUCAUAUAGCACUCAAAACUGACGGAACUGAACAGGAGAAAAAAAGAUUAAGCGGCAGUAUUUUGGUGUAGACGAGACCCUCUUUUAUGAGCCUUCUGUUAUACUGUAUCAUGUGCUGAUAAAUGUUGCAGUGUGGUUUGGUUUUUCAGUUUUGACUCUCAGCUUUAGCCAACUGUUUGGUAAUUGCUGUGUAUUUUUUUUCUGGAUGUUUUGUUUCCUAUCAUGUUGGUUGGCUGCAAAAAUUUAUUCUGAGCAAUCAGACAAAUCGUCUCAAAGACCUGUUUCUGCACAAGAAAUUGUGGCAGUCACAUCAUCCUCUGUAAAAGGAUGUUUUAAUGCAUUUCUUAGCAGAUGUACCUACAGUUGUCAAACUACAUAAAUAUGAAUGUAAAAAUGUUAAACUUAGCUACAGCUGCUAACGCACAUCAGCCUUCUGACGAGGCUGAGAAAAGAGCAAUUCAGGCAUCAUUGUUAUGCCUGAUCACAGUGUACCUUUUAUAACUAGUAUAGGUUAAUAUUCUGUGAUUGAUUUUAAUGUGUUCUGUUCAAUUCAGUAAGGAUUAACAAAGAACUGCACCCAAGCUUGAUCAAAACAUUUUAUACUGUAUGUGGAAUGUCGUUAGUAUUCAACGUGUGAUUUUCCUAAAGAGAUUUGCAUGUGGGUUUCAGUAUACAUUACUGGGAGAUUUUUUUGUUUGUUUAAAGGAACAUGUUGAUACUUGAACAUUUAUUACUGAAAACUGGAAAUACUCAGAAAUUUAUGACAUUUAUGUGGACACAUGUCAGACUGUAUUGGUAAACUUUAAUCUACUUUUGUAUAUACAAUAUUAUUUAUUAAAAAAUACAAAAUGCC